AAGAUUCUUCACAAUUCGCAAAAUAACAAAGAACCCACCCCCAUACACAUAACUUAUUCAGAAGAAGGAAAAAAAACCCUCGUUCUCAUUCUCUCACUCUCAGACUCUCUUUCUCUCGGACCCAGAGGCGCUGCACCGCCGUUGAUUGGGGUACCGCAGUCGACCUUCGUUCACUCGUCCUGCAUACUUGGUGAGCUCUACAAAAAUCCUGGCUCCGCCACUACCCUGAAGCAACUACUAUGUUUCGCGUAGCAGCAAAGUUGUCAUCAAGAGGUUCUUGUUCUUCCACUGCUAUUGCCGCUUUCGCAGUAAAACCAUCUCCAAUUUCCUGCACCAGACCUUCUCCCCUUGCAGCUUCAUCGUUCAGGUCAUUUAGUAAUGGCUUGGAGUUGGACAAAAACAUGGCAGUCCCUGAUGCUGUUCGUAUGAUCAACUACGCAAUGAAACAAGCUAGGACUGACAAAUCAGUUGGGUCGUACGGUCUAGGUAUGCUGGUGUUGAAGCAUUGCGUUACAACUGAGUUAACUGAGGGCGAAGACCCACAACAUGAGAAUUCGAAAGGAAUUGCUUUGCUUGCUUGGUCCACUUUGUUGUCUGAAAGAGGAGAGUAUGGUGAUGCAAUAGAGAAGCUCCAGAGUGUUCAAGAAUUGACCAAUUCUUUGUUGGGGGUUAGAGUUGCUGCCUUUGAAGCCGAGGCUGGGCUUCAUCUCGAGUUGGGGCAGGAUGAUAUGGCAUCAGCAGUGGGGGACAAAUGCAUAGAGCUCCUAGAGAAACAGAAUGCUGAAGACUCUGAGGCUCUAAAGGUUCGUGCUAAAGCACUGAAAGGGCUUAUUGAACUUGUCAAGGGCAAUAUUGAGUCAGCUGAAGCCUUCUUUGACAAAUCUCUGCUCAGCACCCUAUGUGAUGGCUCUGCUGCUCUAUCAUAUGGGGAAUUCCUUCAAACAAAGCACAAUUAUUCAAUGGCAAAAGAGGUUUACCAGAACAUCAUACAAGGAGCCACUACAAUAAAAAAUAGUGGCAAUCCAUACUUAGGAGCUGGUAACAUGAACUUGGAGGGUUUAAUGAUGGGGGCCAUGUGUGCUUUAGGACAGCUUGAGUCACAUUUGGGUAACUUUGGUAACGCAGAACAGCAUUUGACAAAGGCUUUAAAUCAGGCUGAGGAAACCUAUGGUGAUCGUCAUCCCAAGGUGGGUGUUGUCUUAACAAGUAUAGCUCUCAUGUAUAGGCGUAAAGCAAUGCAGGAGCAUUCAAGUUCAAUUUUGGUGCAAGAGGGUCUCUAUAGAAGAGUGACAGAUCUUCUGAAGGUUCCACCAGGUGAAACUGAUUCGGAAGGUGCGGUACCAUUGGUAGAUAGAAGUGACAUAGCAGCUCUUGCAAGAGGUGCAUAUUCUGAAGUACUUAGCAUCCAAGAAAAUAGAAAGGAUGAAGGAGAGAAGAUGAAGAACUUUGCUGAGGCUAUAUGGAGAAACCACAGGAUGUCUCUAGAUGAUGCUCUGGGAAAUACAGAAUCAAAUAAAGUUUGGGUGAUAGAUGCUCGUAUUAGUAGGCUCCUGUAAAUUGAUCCACCUUUUCUUCUGGUCUUGCUGCUGUCUGGUCAGGCUGGACUGGUACAUGACAAGAAAUGGACUAAUUUUGUCAACAAUGUUUCUUCUAGUUAAAAUGUCAUGCAGGUAGGUAGUAGGUACACUUGAGGUGGCAACUUGAUCUUGAAGUUCUAUAUUGGCUAGAAAUUAAGGCUCUGUUUAGUUGUGUUCUUUGAAAACAGUUUUUAGAUUUGUCAAAUAAAAAAAAAACUGUUUCUCAUUGUAAAAUUGUUAUGCAAACAUGGACCUUGUGAUCA